AAUAUAGUCAAAAAAGCCAAUUUUGAGCUGAAAUGCCAUUUUCCAAACGGAGCCCUAGUCUAGCCUAAACCAGCAUGUAGAAUUGUACGUACCAGAAAAAGCCUAUGCGCAGAUGGCCGCAAUCGUGAACUACGGCCCUCUAAUUGACCUCUCAAACGCAUCUGCGCACAUCGACGGCUACGUGCAACUCGUCGUCUUCGUUCACCGAUCAACCCCCAUUCAGUACAAGAUCUUGACAAAAAACGGAGAAAGAGAAGUGAUAAGGACGGACGUCCUGGUGGGUGAUGACACGCGCCCUUAUUUCCCGGUGUCCAUAUGGCACAAGCAAAUCAUCUCCCAAAUUGUGGCCGGAAGCGUCGUUUUGCUAAAGCAUGUUAACAUUACAAAAUUUGGAGACAGUGUGGAGGCCAAAACUAUUCAUUGUUCGUCCAUCUUAUGCCUAGUCGACUCAUACCAAUCACUACCUUCUGAAGAUAUUACUGAUGCAGUAGGGGGAUGCCAACUUAGUACAUCAGCAAAGAGUAAGCUUCAUAAAGUUAUCAAAUGGUUACAGAGAAGUGCAGAUGUGCAUGGAAAUGGUGGAAGAAGCUACUGUCAAGUAUGCUUUUAGUCACAAAGGGAGUAAAAAUAUUCUUUCUUGCUUAUGAUCACAUGCAUUGCUACAUAAAUCAUAGAGUGAAAUACACACUCUCAGAGGGGGCUGUGUGAAGUCUACAUAGUUGAAACCAUCUUCCCAUGCUCAAAACAAUCAUCGGGAAAAUAGCACUCCUACAUUGGAUAUGAUUCUGGGCAGAUAAUAAAUUCUGUAAAUGCAUAUUAUAUUCUAUAUUUGAUCUCUGUCAUUUCAUGUUCAUUGUUUAAUUUAAAGAGACGUGCUUGAUUCAUUGCAUUUAAAUUCUUCUCAAGAUUCAAGUCCCUCUCUUGUAAUAUGAAAAAUAUAUUAUUUGUAUGUUCUUCAAUCGCUUAAACAGAUUGAUUUCAUUUACUCCAUAUAACACUCUGCAGUGGAUACCGUUGCAAAUAAACUGGAAGCUACAUAAAGAGACAAAAUAUCAGGAUUGCUUCUCCCUUGAAGAAUUAUGUAGGCUUUCUUGUUCCUGCAAGGCAAGCUUUUACGCUUCUGUUGGUGAAAUAUUUCUGCCAAUAUCCUGUAGGAACCAGCAUGAACCUGAGUCUGAAACCAUGUUCAUUAGUAGGAGGCUUUACACACAUGCAGAUAAUAACUUGGUUGAUGAUUUUGUUGCUCUUGGCUGUCAUUUGUGUGGUAUUCCUUUGAAUCAAGAACAUGGAUCAACCUUGACUGUGGCCUCUCAGUUCUAUUGUCAGAAAAGCUCAAAUCACCUUCAUGUGUCACGCCACAUAUAUAGACCUUUCUUGGUAAGUUAUACCCAUAGUUUCUAACAUUUGUUUGCUAGGACCCUUGACCAUUUCAUGGCCAAUUUCACACAAGAAACAAAUUAUGAUUUUAAUUCAUAGAAGUGUACAAGAAUGAAUAGAAUUACCACUA